AUGGCAUCAUCUAUCCAGUACGACGAGUGGUCUUGCAGGCCAUGCAAAGGUGGCCAUCAACACCAUGAAACUGAUCAGACUCCUCAAAUCACCUUGAAUCGUCAAGCUGCUAACCACGACGAGCAAUCCGUCAUCAAACCCACGGAAGAAAUGCUGGCAUCCGAACUGAACAAACUAUCGUUGCAAGAGAGAGCUGAGGCAUUUGACGAUAUCCACUGCGUAGGAGAGGAACUGAAGGAGACACCUGCAAUGAUACAGAAAUCUCUCGCCGACUUCGAAGAGACGGUAAAGAAGGAACGCAACAUCUUCUAUGAAAUUGCCAUGACCCAAAACAGAGCUUAUGUCGAAGAUCAUUCGAUCCGACUAAAGUUCUUGAGAGCAAACAUGCACAAUGUUGGUAAAUCUGUUCGUCAAAUGAUGAAUUUUCUGAAGGAAAAGGCAACGUACUUUGGGAACGACAAGAUUGCCCGGGAAAUAACUCUCGAUGACUUGAAUGAAGAAGACAAGAGCCUACUCUUAUCCGGUUUUUACCAUAUUCAAGAAGAAAGAGACCGAGCUGGGCGUGCCAUCAUACAUUGGUUCGGUAGUAUGUUGGGUAGAGUCAGACCUGAAAAUGUGAUUCGAGUUGAAUACUUUUUGUGGAUCAGUAUCUUGCUUCGUGAUCCCAAAGUUCAAACAAAGGGGCUAGCUACCGUGUAUCAUAGUGCUUCGAGAACAGGUGACGCCUUUGUGAUGCCGGGAGUGAGCUUCAUAAUGAAGGUAGCAAAUGCCAGAGAAUCGUUUCCCAUCCGUUUCUCGUCAAUGCACUAUUGUCUCCAAACUACUCAGGGUAAUCUUGUACUCAACAACUCUUUUCUAGGACCGAUAGUGAAGACUCUGCCGGUAUAUUCGAAAGUGCGCAGCCGAAUUCAUGUCGGUAGUAUCAUUGAGCUCCAGUAUGCGCUUCGAAGCCACGGUAUUCCCAUGGAUACAUUUCCGAUUGAUACAGUUGGGAAUAUUCGGGAUGACAUUUUUUAUUCAUGGUUUCACAAAUACCAGCGACAACAACUCCAGGAAAUCUCUUCGACUGCCCUUGCGGCGAAGUCAAUACCGGUUCUUGCGGCGAAUUCGAUAUCGAUCAAAGAGUACAAGGCCCUCCCUACGGCGUCGGCGAAAACUGCGCCUACUGAGAACGAUAUACUUUUGGGACGCGGCCAGGUCACUCAAUCAUGGCCAGGCAAUAUUAAAUUUCGAGAGUUUCUCGAGAACUAUUGUUUCGAGUACGACAACCUACCCAGAAAAGAACGAAAGAAGAAAGCCAUUGAAUUGACCCAGGAAUUAGGCGUCAAGGGGGUCCGGUUCCUUGAACAAACAGGGCCAGGUCAUUGGGUAGAAAUCAGUUUUUCUGAAGCGACAAAGAAGGUCAUUCAACUCUUUAGAACGCUUCGGAAGAAGAAAUUGAGGAGGGUUGGAUAA